GAAACUAUGAUGACGCAUUACCUACCUUCCUUAGUAGGAAUCCACAUUGGCCGUUGUUCUGGAAUCCCAAAGUCUUCCUCAGAUGACGAGCCAAUCUAGUGUUCGUGACAUGUUGCGAAAAGAAGAGGUUAGAACGGCUUUGUGGAAUACAGUGUUACCAACAACCAGAGAAGUAGACCCGGUCUUAUGGGAUUCAGUAGUCGAGCUGGUAGAAGAGAAGAUUCUGGCAUAUUUAAAAGAGUGUCCUAGACAACAAGCAAAGAAAGAAGAGUUGGAAGUCAACGUUGGAGAAAAGGAAGGCCCUCCAGCGAGUUUUGACCAAGUUAUCAGUUAUUUGAUUGACACAAAAGUUCUGAUUCCAGUGGGAGUUUUCCAACUGGAAAAAGUUGCUGUUCGAGAGACUUGUACUAAUUUCGUUCAAUCUGUCUUAUCUAGUACAGUUAACUAUUCAUUCGGGUUGCUCAAACAAACCUGCAAACCUGUUUUGAGAUGGUGGACAGAUUGGGGAGACGAUGCAGCUUCUACUGUAUUGACGCACAAGUGCUUAUUAGAAGUUCUCGUCAACAAGCUAUGGUGCUUUGUAGAAGAGCAGCGAGAAACUCAUAUUGGUGGGCGUUUUCUGGUGCAAGAAUUGUGUUCCGUUUUCUCGGGUGAUGAGGUUUUAUGUCACCGUUCAUUGUAUGCUUUGGUUCAACAAGGAAAAGCAGUUGUGUAUGAAGUAGAAAAAGAUGUUUUUGGAGUAAAGUUUGGACCUGAUCUAUCUAUUAAAGAGUUUGAUAAGAAUAUUUUUUCAUUGAUACUUCAAAUUACACGACUCGAAAGACAUAUUGACAGCUUGAACCUGAAAUUGUCGAAAGUAGAGGAAAGUUUAAGUACCUGUGCAAAGAGAAUGAGUAGUUUGAAGCGAAAGUCCUCAGGGAGUCAAAGUUACAUGGAUGAAAAAAGGAAAGGAAUUCAACUGCUUCGUAUUCGCAAAUUUUUAGAAAGUAGUAUCGAUAGAAGCUAUCAGCAACUGAGUAAUUUGAAUGAAAUAUUGUAUUCGUCUGAGGCAACAGAGCUAUCACAACAAGCGGCACAAGUGCUAAAGCUUGGAAGAGAUGCUAUGAAUUCCUUAAAAGAAGACCAAGGUUUGGAUAUGAAAGAAGUAGAUGAUGUCUUAUUAGAUCUUCAAGAGCAUAUGGAAGACCAACAAGAAAUAGAUGAUAUACUUGCUGGUUCUAUCAUGACGAAUUCUGAUGAAAUGACAAGUGAGUUGGAAGAGGAUUUGAAUGUAUUGGAAGCGUCUAUAGAAGAGAAGGAAACGCGGCAGCAAAGAGAAGCUUCUGAAUCUCCCAAAGUCAAUGUCGCGAAAACCAUUACGUUGCCAACUUUUCAAAGGGAAGAUGUAAAAGAAGAGAAGGAAAAUCGACCAUUCAGUUAUAUGUUACCCUCACAUUCCUAAGAAAAGUAUUUUAGAAUAUCGUAAUUUGUAUAGUUGCUUAUUCCUUUUCUCAAAAGAGUCAAGGCUUCUUGUCACGACUCUGAUGAACAAAAUUUACCAAGUAAACGACAGUUUUUAUUA